AUGGCGUACUCGACGUUCCGUAAGGUGGCUUUGGCCUCUUGCUUGGCGUUGUGCGUGUCGCUGCUCCUGCCCAAGGUCUUCCUUUCGCGGGGCUGGAGGCGGCAGGAGCCCAGCGCCGACGCGCCGCCCACACCGACUGCCAUGCCCGAGGGGAAGACCAGCCAGUUUUCUCCAACAGUGCAUCCCCAGAUACCUCCUGAAGUCAAACUGCCUGCUACCCAUUUUCCAAGAUCUCAUCUUGCGGAAGCAGUUGCCAAGGCCAAGGGUGGUGGUGGUGGUGGAGGAGGAGGAGGAGGAGGAGGCGGAGGUGGCAGUGGGAGAGGUCUUGUGGGACAAGUCAUCCCAAUAUAUGGAUUUGGGAUCCUUUUAUACAUAUUGUACAUUCUUUUUAAGCUUUCUUCCAAAGGGAAAACCACAACAGUUGAAUGGAAGUGUCCUCCUUCAGCACCUGGAAAUACAAACAGGAAGAUCACUGACUAUGAGCUUGCCCAACUUCAAGAUAAGCUGAGAGAGACUGAAGAGGCCAUGGAAAAAUUAAUCAAUCGAGUGGGACCCAACUGCGAAAGCAAGGCCCAAAAUGUCACAACUGACCAAGAGAAAAGGCUGCUUCAGCAACUUCGAGAAAUUACAAAGGUCAUGAAAGAAGGCAAACUCAUAGAUGGAAUCUCCCCAGAGAAAGAAGCGGAAGAGGCUCCUUAUAUGGAGGACUGGGAAGGUUAUCCAGAAGAGACCUAUCCUGUCUAUGAUAAUUCUGAUUGCUUCAAGCGCAGACAGGACACGAUUCUUGUGGAUUACCCUGACCCAAGCCAGCCUUCUGCUGAAGAGAUAGCAGAGAGAAUGGAGUUUGUGGACGAUGAGGAUUGUUUGUGUAGUGAAACCCUUUUGUCUGCUCUCGCCAUAGUGAACGAUGGCUUGGCAGCAGGACAUGACAAGGAACGGCAUAUCUCCUUCAGUGACCAGAAUGGGGCUGGCCACAACUUUGAGAAAUGCUACUGCUGUUACUACGAAGAGGAUGAUCCUGCCGUCAUAGCAGAGAAUGCAGGAUUCUACUCCGAUAGCUGCAGCGAAACAGAAGAGCCAGUCAAAGAGGAGGAGGAGGAGGAGCAGCUGGUGGAUUCCGACCAUGAAAAAGCGGAUCCCACAGAGCAAAAGGAUGGAAAUCCUGAUGAAAUCGGCAUUCUGAGAAAGCGAAACACAAAGGGACUUGAGUUGCAGGGAGACUGAGGACCGUGCAUCAUCGUGCCACUUCUAUGAACGUUGAUCUUUGCUUUUAGGACAAAGGCUUAUGUUGUCCGUUGUGUUCCCAGCUGAAAUCCCGUAGCAAUUGCUGCUUCUUUAAAAUGAAAGAUAGUGGUUCCCUUAGCCCACAAGUUAGCUAGCCCAUAACUGAAAUAAAAACUGCCUAGCUUGCACUAGCCCCUCAAGGAAUUUGAAAACAGGGUAAGUUCCUCAUGAUCUCCCCAUGUGGUUUCUUUCAGUUUGUUUGGUCUCCUGGUUUGAGUCCUUUAAGGAGUACAAAGAGUUCUCCAAGAACAGGUAAAUUGCCCAUUGGAAUUUUAACCUGUGGGCUGGUUCACACAAUCACUCCAACCCACCAUGGCUUCAAUAAGGAUUGUGGGGUGAGUGGGUGGCCAUUUGAAUAUUCAAACCCCCAGCAGGGAGUUGUCAUGGUUUGUUGUGUCGUCCAAACCCAGGUGAUGGGUUGUCUGAGGGUUAAACAACCUUCAAAUAACUCUACAACAGAUCAUGGGUCAUCUGAGGGUUGUUUAACCCUCAAACAAACCCUGCCACCUGGGUUCGGAUGACAAAGGCUGUGUCCGGAGCUUGAAUAGGCAACCCUCAAGCAUCAUGGCUUAAAUCAUGUGAACCAGGUAUGUGUGUUUCUUUCCUAAGGGCAGAGCUGGUCCUACUAUUAGGCAGGUUGAGGCAGCCUGUUUAAUGGUACCUGCAAAAGGGCAGCAAAUUAUCCAUUAUUAUAUUUGACCACUGUAAGUGGUGCAAUGUGAU